AUGCUGCCCUUGAAGGAAAAGGACAAGAUCAUCAUCAAGAAGCUGUUGACAUCCGGCUGCUGCGCUCGCUGUGUGCUCAGGUUCUGCUGCAUCAGUGUACCAGACGCUUACAGGCUGACUCGCCAGGAAACGCUGAGGCAGCUUCGAGCUUUUAUUGGCGAACAUGAGGACUGUAAAACGUCAGAGUCCACAACGAAAGAAAAAAAUAAUUCCCAAGAUGCCUCACUGUCGGAACCUGCCAGUAAAAGAAGCAAGCUGGAACCGGAGGAACCUACAGAGGAGUCAAGUGUGUGUGUGGUGUGCUUGGGUGUCCUGCAGCACCUCAGUGACCUUAGCCAAGCUAAACAGAUUGCCGACACGGUCAAGAAGGAAAAGUACGAGGUUGACUCUUUGGUGCUGUCCAUUUCGCUGCCUGCCCAGAUGUAUGUGCGCGAGCAUUCGUGUUGGCUUCACGUAAAGGAGCAAGUGAGAGCCAAGUGCUGCGUGCUGGGCCGCGAUGAUGUCAUCCAGGUGAAAGAGGCUUUCAAGUGGAUCAUGCAGGGCCUGCUGACACAGGAGCUGGGCGGCGUCGCUGUGGUAGCCAAGAGUGCGCUGGAGGUCAGCGUGGGCUUCACUCACCCAGAGACGGAUGCCGACUGCCACUUUCUUGCGUCCACUUGUCCCGACUGCUUCAAACCUACCAAGAACAAACUGUCAGUGUUUACCCGCAUGGCAGUGGUGAAAGCUUUGGAGAAGAUCCCUGACAGCAAAUUUACCAAACACUCACCGUGCCCGCCGUCCCGACCCACCAGCAGCUGCACGCCGCAGGACGUCCAGUGCGUCCACACGUCCGUCUUUGUGGCGGGGCGCUACAAUAAGUUUUGCCGCAGCCUGCCACAGACGCCCUGGCUCAUCGACGGUGAGCGGCGGAUGGAGUCGUCGGUGGAGGAGCUCAUCGCCACGCCCGUCCUGGCCGCGUUCAGAGCGCAAGGGUUUAAUUUCUCCUCAUCCGGCCGUGAAGACGUGGACGUGCGCACAUUGGGAAAUGGUCGACCGUUUGCGUUGGAGCUGCUGAACCCUCACAAGGGCAAACUCGGCGAGGAGAACAUGAAGAACGUACAGCAGGUCAUCAAUGCAUCUUCCGAGAAGAUCCGAGUUCGUGAUCUGCAGAUGGUCAGCAGGGACGCCAUGAGUCGUAUGAAGGAGGGCGAGGAAGAGAAGACCAAGUCGUACCGAGCGUUGGUGUGGACGCAAAAGUCCAUCCGGAAAGACGACAUCGCCUUCAUCGACCGCAUCAAGGACCUGACCGUGGACCAGAAGACCCCUCUGAGAGUUCUGCACCGUCGCACUUUGGCGGUCCGCCAGCGUCUCAUCCAUAGCAUGAGUGCAAACUUCGUGGACGAACACCACUUCCAGCUCGGCCUCAAGACACAGGCCGGCACAUACAUCAAAGAGUUUGUCCAUGGAGACUUUGGGCGUACUAAACCAAACUUGUGUCAGCUUCUAGACACGGACACAGACAUACUAGAACUAGAUGUACAGUCUGUAGAUGUGGACUGGCCUCCCGCCUUGCCAGACUGA